CCCAAAUUUGUACGCCAAGUUAAAUGACAUAUUGAAAAAUAAAAAAUAAAAAAUAAAAAAAAUUUGAAAUUUGCUUCUAAUCCAAGUUUGUUCAUGUUCAUCUUUGUUAAUUGAACUAAUAAACACUUAGAUACUCAUCAACCAAAACUCACAGAAACCCAAAAUUCAAGAAAACGGUUAAAAAGAUUGCUCUUCAAAGUUCAAUUUUUUUUUAAAAAAACAAAGAAGAAGAAGAAGAAGAAGAAAAAUUGGUGUGAAAAAGGGAGGAAUGAGUGGAAACGAAUUCAGAUUUUUCUUAUCAUGUGAUAUUAAUCUUCCUCUUACUUAUCGUAUUGAGAAAUUGGAAGGCAAAUUGCCAACACCCAAGAUUUCUGAAUCAGACAAUGUUGAUUCUACAUCGGAGGAGAGAAAGGCUGAGCUGUAUGUGGAGAGUACUUUGUAUAUAGAUGGUGCUCCCUUUGGACUUCCCAUGAGAACAAGGCUGGAGAAAGGAGGUCCAUCGUAUUGCUGGAAUGAACUUAUUACUUUGAGUACAAAGUAUAGAGACUUGACUGCGAACUCACAACUGGCAUUUACUGUUUGGGAUGUUUCUUGCGAAAAGGGUGAAGGAUUGAUCGGUGGAGCUACCAUCCAUCUCUUCAACAUGAAAAAACAGCUGAAGACGGGGAAGCAUAAGCUUAGGCUUUGGAUAGGCAAAGAGGCAGAUGGAUCUAUUAACACAACUACACCUGGAAAGGUUCCCAAGGAGGAACGUGGGGAGUUGGAGCGUUUGGAGAAGCUGGUUAACAAGUAUGAGAGAGGGCAGAUUCAACGAAUUGAUUGGCUGGACCGCCUUGCAUUUAAAGCUAUGGACAAAAUUAAGGAGGCUGAAAGUAGUCGAGGUGGAAGUUCUCAUUUAUAUGUGGUUGUUGAUUUUUGCAGCUUUGAACACCGAGUUGUUUUCCAGGAAUCAGGUGCAAACUUCUUGUUACCAUCUCCUAUUGCUUCAACAAACGAACUUGUUAUUGUCUACGACCCAGAAGUGGGAAAAGUAAAUCCUUCUGAGCACAAACAACUAAAGCUUGCUAGGAGCUUAAACCGUGGUAUCAUUGACCGAGAUCUUAAACCAAGUUCUACAGAAAGAAAGUCAAUACAAAGAAUUUUGAAGUACCCUCCGACGAGAAAUUUGAGUGGCGAUGAGAGGCAGAUGCUUUGGAAAUUCCGUUUCUCAUUGAUGUCAGAGAAGCGGGCUCUCACUAAAUUUCUCCGAUGCGUUGAGUGGAGUGAUGUCCAGGAAGCGAAGCAAGCCUUAGAACUGAUGCACAAGUGGGAAUCAAUCGACCUAUGCGAUGCACUGGAACUUCUAUCUCCUGUAUUCGAGAGUGAAGAGGUUCGUGCCUAUGCCGUUAGUGUUCUUGAAAAAGCUGAUGAUGAAGAGCUUCAGUGCUACCUCCUUCAGUUGGUUCAAGCUCUUCGCUUUGAGCGCUCCGACAAAUCCCGCCUUUCUCAUUUCCUUGUGCAACGUUCAUUAAGGAACGUUGAGUUGGCAAGCUUUCUCCGAUGGUUUGUAGCAGUGGAACUUCAUGAUCCUGCAUAUGCAAAGCGCUUUUAUUGUACUUAUGAAAUUCUGGAAGAAAGUAUGUUGAAGUUAGGAGCUGGUGCAAGUGAAGAUGAAGAUGGCUAUAAGUUGUGGCAGAGCUUGGUGCGCCAGACUGAAUUGACUGCUCAGUUAUGCUCUAUAAUGAGGGACGUAAGAAAUGUUCGCGGUGGCACACAAAAGAAGAUUGAAAAGCUUAGGCAUCUUCUUUCUGGCCUCCUUAGUGAGCUCACUUACUUUGACGAGCCAAUACGAUCUCCUCUUGCACCUGGUACGCUGAUCACAGGGAUCAUCCCAUCAGAAUCUUCAAUAUUUAAAAGUGCAUUGCAUCCAUUGCGAUUGGCAUUUAGAACAGCGAAUGGUGGAAGUUGCAAGAUCAUAUUUAAGAAAGGAGACGAUCUUCGACAAGACCAGCUGGUUGUCCAGAUGGUAUCACUUAUGGACCGAUUGCUCAAAUUGGAGAAUCUUGAUUUGCAUUUGACUCCAUACAGAGUGUUGGCAACUGGACAUGACGAGGGCAUGCUGGAAUUUAUCCCAUCUAAACCGUUGGCACAGAUUAUCUCCGAGCAUCGAAGUAUUGUAAGCUACCUGCAGAAGUUUCAUCCUGAUGAGAAUGGACCAUUUGGUAUUACUUCUACAUGUCUUGAGACCUUUAUAAAAAGCUGUGCUGGUUACUCCGUCAUCACAUACAUAUUGGGCAUUGGUGACAGGCAUCUUGACAAUCUUCUUCUUAGAGAUGAUGGCCGUCUUUUCCAUGUUGAUUUUGGUUUCAUUUUAGGUCGCGAUCCUAAGCCCUUUCCACCGCCAAUGAAACUUUGCAAAGAAAUGGUUGAAGCUAUGGGUGGGGCAGAAAGUCAGUACUACACCAGGUUCAAGUCGUAUUGUUGUGAAGCAUACAACAUUCUGCGAAAAUCAAGCAACCUCAUAUUAAAUUUGUUCCAUUUGAUGGCCGGUUCCAAUAUUCCUGACAUAGCUUCUGAUCCCGAGAAGGGCAUUCUUAAGCUUCAAGAGAAGUUUCGGUUAGACUUGGACGAUGAGGAAGCCAUUCACUUCUUUCAGGAUCUUAUCAAUGAAAGUGUUAGUGCACUAUUUCCGCAAAUGGUUGAGACCAUUCACCGUUGGGCCCAGUACUGGCGUUGAUUAUCGGUAAAAGUUCUUUUUCUUCAAAGAGCUUCUUUCAAUUCAGG